UGUCGCCUCCGACGUUAUUGAGACCGUCGCCGUCUUUAACGUCGCUGAAUACCGUUGUCGUCAGACAUCAAGAUCUUUCCAUUCUGACGCCGAGUCGUGACAACGAGAACGAAGGGAUCGUAGCGCGACGAGGAAGAGCGAAGCGAGUAGCGAUAAGCAAGAGAUCGAAGCUGAAAGAUCAACCCUCCCCGAACUUCAUCGACCCUUGGCCGGAGGCAUGGCGACGUGCUAACGAACACCCUCCGCAAUCUCGCAAAGUGGAACCCGGGCCGUCAAUCGAUGAAAGGAUUCGCCCUGCAGUUCAGACUUUUACUCCGCUGUUAGAGCCCGUCUUCAAGCUUGGGGGAUCGAUAUUGCGUCCGGAAAGCUCCCUACGAGAUAUUUUACUUCGCGAAAGUGCUUCGAAGACAACGGCGACGACGACGACGACGACGACGGCGGUGGCGACCAGAACGAUCACGCGGAACAUCGUAUACCUCGAUGCGACUCAGCACGCCAGAAGCACCGUGUCCGAGAAAAAUGACGUCGAGAGAGUGACCGAGGACCGAGUGAAAGGUGAUAAGAGAGGAAAAGAGUUGGUGCUUGUGGGAAACGAGGAUAAUGGUGCGGUCGUAGUUGGUGGUGGUAGUGUCAUCGAGUGGACCACGACAACAGUCGCCGGGCCGAUGUCAUCGUCGCGGUCGGCGUUCUCCGGAGACAAUGUGCAGGUGGCCGAGCGUGUAAGGGUGCGCGUCAGUUCUGAGCGUAGUUCAUCGAAGGGCGAGCAAGACGACGAGGAGCAGGUCAAGGUCACCAUCGCGCGCGACAACGAAGAUUCAUUUGCAUCGUCGACGACGACGACGACGACGACAACGACGACGACGACGACGACGACGCAGCAUCCACCACUGACUCAAGACACCUCUAUGGAAGCACUGGGUGCGAGCGGCUACAUCGUCUCGGCGGCGCUCGUGCUGAUAGUCGGAGCACUGGUGGGUGUCCUGGCGACGAUAUCGCGUCAUCUUCAUCAUCGUCGGCUGUUGGUGCAUGAGCCGGUUCCUCCUGGCUCCGCUUCCUCCGCUUCUGCCUCCAUUCUCCAUCACCAUCAUCGGCAUCAUCAUCAUCGUCACCGUCAUCGUUGCGAGGAGCCACCGCCGCCGCCGUUGCAACGUUGUCUUCUACUGCAAGAUCAUUAUCGUUAUCCUGAUACACCCAUGCUGUCGGUGAGCCAAGGAAUGGAGGUCGGCAGCAGCGGACGCGGUGCAUCGGCGGAAGAUGACCCAACCGCUGGUGCGGUCAGCGGUGGAGUCGGUGGCGGCGGCGGUGGCGACGGCGACGAUACCAGAAGGCGUCGAGAUAUACAGGCGGUGAUGAUCGCCGCGGCGAGGGAUCGCGCGAUCCGCACGGAGAGCGUCCGGCAUGAUCUUGCUCUCAAUCUGCCGCCGAGACUUGAGCUCCCGGACGGCGAGGAGCAGCCAUACGGGGCGCACCCGGAUCUUCACCUUCGCAACCCGGAACAGGAGAGCGAAAUUUAUCAGAAAUGCGUGCGAGCGCCGCCAAAUCGCACUGUGUUCGAUAGCGAGAGUCCGCCGCCUUAUCGGACGCCAAGUAGCAGCCAGCAUCUCCACCCGGGACUGCUCGAUAUGCCUGGCGAUCGGGUGACGCGGAGUCAGAGUCCCAGCAGCAGCAAUUUGUUGUUGAAUACCGCACGCUCGAUGUUCAAGAUGUUCCCGAGCCACACGACGCCAUCGUCGACGUCAAUGCCGGUCAACAAACCGCCCUUUUCCAGUUAUUCCGAGUCCAGUAGUAACGUGAGCAGUAAUCUGAGCAGUAGCAAUCUGUCCAACAUCACCGUGGUGCCCUGCGAAACCGACGAAAGCCGGCAAGAGCAGCAGCAGCAGCAGCAGCAGCAGCAGCAGCAGCACAGCAACAGCAACCCCAGCAGCAGCAAUUCCAUCAGAAGGUCUGAUCCGCGGCGUCCUCCUUCCUUGACGCCGUUGUCGUCAUUGUCGCAGCUGCAUCGUCCGAUUUCGAGAACGAGCGAUGGUACUAAAGAUCGUUUUGCGCGACUGCAACGACAACGACGACGCCCUUCAAGACUGACUCACGGGAGAAACUUCAACAUAGGAUAAAUUCCAUUGGUCACGUUCCAUCAUGUUCAGCAACGUGUAUUACAUAUACACGAGAGAAUAUAAUAUCCUCCCGGCCAGUGGUAUCCUCGUUGAAUCGUUCUUCCGGCGUUCUUCUAUAAUGAGAGAGAGAGCGAGAGAGAGCGAGAGAGAGAGAGAGAGAGAGAGAGAGAGAGAGAGAGAGAGAGAGAAAGAGAGAGAGAGAGAAAGAGAGAGUCGUCCGUUCGUGGCCUAAAGGAGGGCCGGCGGAAGUGUAAAAAAAGCCGGCUCCUGGUAAUGACUGUAAAGUCAAAUCAGUUAUCAAGACUGCGCUCAAUCGCCGUGCGUUGGUUCGCGCUUGUCCUCUUUUUUUCGACCAGGAAGAUCGAUGCGCCGUCGCCGCCGCCGUUGUUGACGCGUCUCAUUGUGCAAUUCCACACGCGGCCAGUGUCUAGCCUAGAUCUCAGAUUAUUUCAAAGCGGUAGCAUGAGGAUUACGAUGUUGCGUCGGACGUGAAGAGGAUGGAAGGAGAGUUAGAAUGGACGGAGCGAUCGAAGCUCGGCAUGGAAAAUAGCGUUACCAACGCGCGACGUGAAGCGAUGGCCUACCGUGGAACGAGGGACUUCCUGUCCGGGAAUUAGACGGUGAAAAGCUUUACUUCGAAGAGAAACGGAUGCGAGGUUAUCGCGACUCGCGCGAUACCGAUUCGACAACGAAGCAAGAACCGCCGGUCACCCUCUUCCAGCUCUCGAUCGGAGGCUUGAUCGUCGGACAUCGCGGAAGUUUGUUCAUCGCGACGAAGACUUAGUAAAUUAUUUAUUAUCGAUAUAACAUUUUAUUCGCGACGGGCGGCUGCUGCGCGACGGCCGGACGGGGCAAGUGUGGUUUCACGCGAUGGUGGUUGUGGAGAAAAGGAAAAAAAGAAAAAAAACGAACGAACGGGACACGAAUUGUAUGAGCGAAUUCGUUCGGUUGCGUGAGUGCGAGACCAGGCGUGCGUAUGAGUAAAUGCAAGCGCGCGUGUGCGGAACGAGUAGAACGAAAGACGCGCAAGAGGCACGGCUAAUUGUGGGGUUGAGAGGGGAAAAAAGAAAGAAAAAAAAAAAGACAGAGAAAGAACGGAACCCGCGCGCGCGCUCGCGCGUGUUUGUGUAUGCAUGUGAGGAGUUGUGUAGGGGAAUAAUGUAGUGCCAAGAGUGAAAACGGGAACUCUGUACAUAUUAGGCUAGGUAGUUCAAUAUCAAUAUACUUAUU